AUUCUGUGUUGGCGAUCGUUUCUACCUGAAUGAAAAUAAAAUUCUCUGCGAAUAUGAUUAUGAAGAACGGCUCGUCUUCGCCUCCAUGGCCAAUCAUCCAAUAUUGAAGCGUCACGCCAAUGCCAUCGGACAGGGCUCACCAACCGGUGCGGGUGCAUUGAUGGGCGGCGGCGGUGGCGGCGGUAGUCCCAACAAUCAUGGUAAUGUUGUGCAAAAUGGUCCACGUACACCUGGCGAUCAUAACAACAAUAACAAUGGUCCACAAGCUGGACCCGGCGGCUCGCCAUUUAAUAAUCUGCAAGUACGUGUGUUAUCACCGGCGUCAACAGUGGCGCAUAUGAAGAACUCAUUGGGCGCGUCCAGCUAAAAUAAAGCCCAAGCCAUGAACGUUGGUGGUGGCGCAAAUUGUGCUGGCGGUGGUGUUGGCGGUCUUGGCGUUGGCGUCAACGUUGGAGCGGCGGCAGCGGCUGCUGGAGUUAGUGGUUGCUAUUAUAAUAACGGUGUAAAUGGCAUUGCUGGCGGUGUGGAUCCAGCUGCUGCUGCCGCCGCUGCUGCAAAUGCUUGUGGCGCCGGUGCCGCUGCCGUCGCCGCUGCCGGUGGUGUGGGUAUUGGUGUUGGUGUGGACGGCGGCUGUAAAAGCUACCAAAGAAAAUAUUACGAUAUAUAAAUUGACUGAAUGAUGAGGGUUUGAUGGUGUGUGUGGGGAGCGUUAUCUUCACAGUACCAACCAGCCAGUAAUGUUGUUUGAGGAUAUACAUACAUACAUACAUAUAUAUUAAAUUAAAUUACAGUAUAAUUGAUAUUGAAUAA